AUGAAAAUCACCAACAAACUCUAUGAUUAUAUUGGCAUAAGAAAUGCAUUUUUCUCCGAAGUUGGCCUUGGGAUCUCAGCCAACUCCAUCCUCCUUCUCUUCCACAUCUUCACAUUCCUCCUCCAGCACAGGCUCAAGCCCACUGACCUGAUCAUUGGUCUCUUGGCCCUAGUCCACAUAGGGAUGAUGACAAUUUUGGGGUACAUAGCUACAGAUGUUGCUCUUUCUCAGGAUUUUUGGGAUGACAUCAAGUGUAAAUCGGUCAUUUAUGUGCACAGGUUUCUGAGGGGCUUCUCCAUUUGUGCCACCUGCCUGCUGAGUGUCCUCCAGGCCAUCACCCUCAGCCCCAGAAGCUCCUGCUUGGCCAAGUUCAAACAUAAAUCCCCACAGCAGACCCUGUGUGUCCUUGUUUUCCUGUGGGCCUUCUACAUGUCCUUCAGUGCUCACUUCUCCUUGUCCUCUAAUGCCAUUCCCAAUGUGACCUCAAAUGUCAUUGUGUUUAUUACUGAACCUUGCAAAAUUGUUCAAAUGAGUUACUUCUUCAGGCAUUUAUUUUCUGUAUUAGGUGUAUUCCGGGAUGUCUUUCUCAUAGGGUUAAUGGCCCUCUCGAGUGGGUACAUGGUGGCCCUCCUGUGCAGGCAUAGGAGGCACAUCCAGCACCUUCACAACACCAGGCUUUCUCCAAAGGCAUCCCCCGUGCAGAGGGCCACCUGGACCAUCCUUCUGCUCAUGAGUUUAUUUGUGUUCAUGUACUGUUUGGACAGCAUCUUCUCCUCCUCAAGAACUACGGGGAACAAUGACCCAGUUUAUUAUUAUAUCCAUAUGAUGGUGGCCAAUGGCUAUGCCACAACCAGUCCUAUGCUGCUGAUCUGCACUGAAAAACAAAUCAUUAACUUUUUGAAAUCUUUGUGGGUGAAGAUAGUGCAUACUUAA